AUGAGUAUCGAUUCAGACCAGAUCAACUACUUGAUCUAUCGCUACCUCAUUGAAUCUGGCUUCCAGCAUAGCUCUUUCACAUUUGCCCAAGAAAGUGGCAUUACCAAAAGCACUGUCACUGCCAACAAGCUUCCCCCGGGUGCCCUCAUUGCUCACCUGCAAAAAGCCCUCAACUAUGUGCAGGCUGAGGUGAACCUGACCGAGGAUGGUCGGCCCGCUGAUCUUGAAGACCUCGAGACCAUUGAAGCGCUCAAUCUCAUUGAAGCAUGCCAGCCCGAGGUUUGCCAGCAGCGCCGCCAGCAGCUCAUGGAGCGGCUACGCGAACAAAAUAAGCCCGGUGCCGAUGUAAAGCUUGGGGUUCCAGUCAUCCGCGCGUGGUCCCGCCACACUCAACGGCAAAAACUCAUGAUGUUUGCUCCUCAAUCUAUCGACCUGAUCUCAGAACCAGCUGACGAGGCCGCAGAACCCAUGGAGGUGCCAACUGAUAGCGUUACCACAUUUCGCGGCCAUGAGCAAAUUGUAUUUACUUGUGUCUGGCACCCGACAGAACCCUUGCUGGCGUCGGGCUCCAAUGACGCCACCGUACGCAUCUGGAAUCUGAAGGAACCCAAGAGCAUGCCCCUCAUUCUACGCCAUCUGGCACCACCGGGUGAAGAAGUGCCGAUGGACGUCACAUCCGUACAAUGGUCUCCUGCUGGCGAGCUUCUUGCCUCGGGCUGCUUUGAUGGUUCGGCGCGCAUCUGGACCAAACAGGGCGAGCUGCAGUGCAGGCUUCGCGCACAUACCGGGCCCCUCUUCUGCCUGCGCUGGAGCCCCUCGGGCAAGCAGCUGCUCACAUGCAGCGUGGAUCAGUCUGCCAUCGUCUGGGACGUGGCCAGUGGUACCACCCGCCGGGUCUUCACCUUUCACCACGGCCCCUGCGUGGGUGUGGCUUGGAAGUCGGAGGAAGUUUUUGCCUCUUGCUCGAUCGAUGGGUCGGUCAUUGUCUGCCACGUGACCGAGAACGAACCCUUGCAUCGCUUCACCGGCCAUACCGACGAGGUUAACGUGGUCAGCUGGCAUGCAGCCGGCCAACUUUUGGCCUCGUGCUCUGACGACAACACGGCUCGAAUCUGGAGUCUUGAAGCAGCAGCAUGCCAACAUGUUUUGCGACACGAUGACAAGUUGUACACGCUUGCCUGGGCUAGACCCUUUGGUAGCCGCUUGGUAGUGGCCCAGAUAUCUAAACCCAUAUCCUUUCCCCUGCUUUGCUCAGCCUCCUUUGAUCGGACCAUCAAAGUGUGGGACGGCCGCAAGGGGUCGUGCAUCUUUUCGCUAGUCGGACAUACCAGUCCUGUUUACUCGGUGUGCUUUAGCCAUGAUUGCCGUUACGUCGCCUCUGGCUCUUUUGAUCAUCGUGUUAUCAUCUGGUCGCUCGAGAAUGGGCAACCAGUUGCCACGCGCAAGCAACAAGAGGGCAUCUACGAAGUAGGUUGGGACGCCAAGGAUGAGCACGUUUCUCUUUGCACCUCUGGCGGUAUCGUGGCCGUCAUUCAAGCCCCAAGAUGAAAGCCAAAGACUGCAAAGGGUCUUCUUUAUUCGUGCGCGACUUGAAACGAGACAAGCCCGAUGAGACGGGAGGUGAGGCAAGGGGUUUGCUUUGGCAUGCGGUUUUUACCUUUCAUAUCCCAGCGGGUUUGGUGCUUGCUGCUGAGCGGCCCGUUGGGGCUGUGUUUUGUCUGAUUUGCUGUUUAUCUGUCCUUCUUGAAUUCUUUCCAUGUGUGUUUUCCUUGAUUUGCCUGGUGAGUUUGCUCUUGUGUGAGCCUCUAUUUCGUGCUGGCGCUCGGGGCGGCUGGCUGUAGCCCAAUCUUGUAUAGGGGCUGCGGCCCUUCUUGUGAAGGCACCGGCUUGCUCUUGUCCCGUUUGCUUCUGAUCCAGCAUCUUGCCAGUUUUGGCCAGGUGUUGCCAUGGCCUGGUUGCGCAUUGCCUUUAUGCAUAUUCGGCGGCACAGAUAGAUGGCAACCAGGGGAGGUUCAAAAUAAUUGACACAGAAUGAA